AUGAAUUAUAAAGAAUAAACUGGAUUAUAAUUAUAUUGUGAUUCAACAAUAAGCCAUAAUAGACAUCAUAGUAAUGUGGAUUUUAAAUAAAACAAUUCUAAUUUUAAUUCCUUUAUUAGUUUACAAUCUCCCACAAAUAGAAAAACAUCAGAAUGUAACGGAUUAGAGAAAAAAAUAUUAAGUUCAAGAAGUUAAAUACAUAGAAUGAUGGAGAAUUUCUCACGAAACUAUGAUUUAAUAUAAUAAUCAGAUCCUUUAGAACAUGUUAUAGAAUUCACUCCUUAAUUAUCACCUGUAGGAAGUAUUGCAGAAAUAAAAAAGUAGGUUGAUAUUAAGCAUGAUGGUUCUUUAACUUUAUAAGAAUUGAAAUCUAAUUAAACAAGCAUAAUUUAGAUAACAAGAUUUAGAUUUAAUUAUUUCUAUGUGAGAAUUUAUGAUAGAGAAAGUCCAUUACAAGCUUAUGUAAGGAGUGAAAAUUCUAAAUUAUCUACUUUUAAGAUGUAUAUAUCUACAGUAGCUCAAUUUCCUACAAGUUUUAAUUGUGAAUAAGCAAUUUAAUCUAAAUAUUUUAAAUUUGCAGAUUAACAAUAGAGGGAUACAUUUCAUGUGAAGAAUUUAUAUAUAUCAAUGUAUUCAGAAGAAGAUUGUCUUAUAGCUAUUAAUUUUAUUUUUGGUCAUUAUUUUAAGAAAAAAAUUAAAAUAAUAAGAGAAGAAUUUGAUUCAGAUAAAUAUAAAUAAAGUAUUUAAAAUUAUUAUAUUUAUUAGAAUUAUAUUCAUUAAAUACUCCAAGAUUAGAUUCAAUUUAGAUAGAUAAGAUAACAAGUAAUUUAAAUACAAAAUAAUAUUAAAAAGAUUGUAAAAUUAUAUUUUAAUUAAAGAGAUUGAAUAAAAAAUUAAGAUAAGUUAAAGAUUAUUAAAAUAAAGAAUAUUAUAAGUAGUUGAAAGAAAGAAAAUAAUUUAAGAGGAUAAAAAGAUGGAUAUGAUUAGCAAAUUAAAAGCAAAUGAAUCUUUAAAAGAAAUAAGAAAUAUUUAAAAACAAAUAGAAAUUUAAUAAAAAUUAAAAAUAAGAAAUCAAAUUAUUUGGAUUGAAUUAAUUAAAAUAGCAUAAUAUGCUGCCUAAAUGAAAGAAAUGUUAGAUGUAAUUAUUUAUUAUAAUAUUUUAGAAAAUGAAAUUACAUAAUAAAUAUUUAGCAAAAGGUAGAUUAAUAGCUUGGUAAUAUAAAACUAUAACUAUGAUAAAAAUUAAAGGAAUGGGAGCAACAGUUGAGGAAAGAAGUAAAUUCAAAAUGUGUUUAUCAAUUAAAAUCUUUACUUAACAAUUAAGGUAAUUUUCAAAAGUAAGAGCUAUUAAAUUGGUCUUAUAAUUUUUACAUACUACUCAUUUAUACAUUUAAUGUUUAUAAAAACAUCAUUAUUUUGUUGAAAAAGUAAAUUAUGUUAAGAGAGUGUUUAAAAACUUAAAAUAGAAACAUAAGGCUUAUAGAGAUAGAUUAUGGAGACUAUUAAAUAAAAAUGGUUAAGCUAUUAUUCUUGAAUUGAUUAAUAAACAUAGUCAAAUAAAAAAAAGAUAAUAUCAUAUUGAUAAGUAUUACAUUAUUAUUUAUUUUUGAUAGUAUUUUAUUAUUAUAGAUAAUGGAUGAUUACAUUUAAGAAAAGAAAUAAAAAUGUUAAUAAUAUGUUCAAAAUUAUAUUAAAGAAAAAAAUAAAAAGAAAAAAGUACUUGAUUUCACUUUAAGUAUGAUGUAACCUGAGAUGUUUAAUGCUCCCAUUUAUGAAGAUUUAGUAGAAAUAUAUAAAAAAUACGCAAUCCAAAAAAAUAUUGUUAUUCAUGAGUCACAUAAUUGA